GCUAUAUAGACAAAAAAUACAAUGGACACAAGUGGAUCGUCCGCUGAUCGACAAAAGAGUCACACGACAUCACGAUAUAUCAAUUAAAUUGUUGAUUGAUCUGCUGCAUUUCCCUUUAUAAUUUAUCAGAGUAGAGUGUAAAGCUCCCAUAGCAAAAUGGCAUCGAAUAAUAUAUGGGAUGCCGAAAAUACGGCACCAAUAUGCAGUACCGACGAAACCACACCACUUCUGUCAGCAGAUGGUCAAGCCAUGUCAGAAAAAAUUGGUAUCUCGCAACAAACUUUGGUCUCCACCGAUGGCCAAAAAGCUAAGAAAUUGCCACAAUACCUAGCAGGCAUAGCAGCGACGCUCGGUGCUCUUGCUGCUGGUAUGGUGCUAGGUUGGACAUCACCUGCUGGUGGAGGUGGCAAGAAUCUGGCAAAGGACUAUGAGAUACCCAUUAGCAUAAACGAAUUCUCUUGGAUAGGAUCGCUAGCCACUCUUGGAGCAGGCGCGAUAUGCAUUCCCAUAGGUAUACUGGCAGAUAUAAUUGGCAGAAAGACCGCUAUGCUGCUCAUGGUGAUUCCUUUCACCUUUGGUUGGCUACUUAUCAUCUGUUCGAACUCAGUGCUCAUGUUCUACUUUGGUAGAUUCAUUACUGGUGCUAGCGGUGGUGCCUUUUGUGUGGCUGCUCCUCUAUAUACAUCAGAGAUAGCAGAAAGCGAAAUCCGUGGCACCCUGGGUUCUUAUUUUCAGUUGAUGCUUACUAUAGGCAUUCUGAUCUCGUACGUUCUCGGAACUGUUCUAGAAAACAUGAUGACACUGUCAAUCAUCUCGGGAAUUAUACCGCUGGUCUUCUUCGCAGUAUUCUUCUUCAUGCCAGAAACUCCAGUAUACUAUUUAAAGAAAGGAAAUGAGGAAGCUGCUAGAAAGAGCUUGGUCAGACUUCGUGGCAGUGAGUAUGACAUUGAGCUUGAAUUACAGGCACAUCGUGAGGCACUUGAAGAGACCACUCGAAGCAACUUACCGUUUGUUGUCAUGAUUAAAUCACGAGCCGUCGUAAAAGGCUUCAUAAUCGCUUAUGGAUUAAUGCUCUUCCAACAAAUGAGCGGCGUCAACUCUAUUAUUUUUUAUUCUUCGGACAUCUUCAACAAGGCUGGAAGUUCUUUACCGGCCAAUGAGGCAUCGAUUAUUGUGGGCGCGGUACAAAUAAUAUCAGUUUUCGUUGGCACUUUGAUCGUCGAUAAAUUGGGCAGAAGAAUAUUGCUGCUGGCAUCGAUCGUUGUUAUGUUUUUAAUGACUCUGAUCAUGGGAAUUUACUUUUAUUGUAUCAAUUAUACUAGUGCUUUUGAUAAUCUCAAAUGGUUCGCACUUAUUCCACUAUGCGUUUUUCUUGUAAUGUUCUCUCUCGGCUUUGGCCCAAUUCCGUGGAUGAUGAUGCCAGAGAUCUUUGCGCCAGAAGUGAAGGGAAUCGCCGGAAGCAGCGCCUGCUUAUUCAAUUGGCUCACAGCUUUUAUAGUCACCAAGUUUUAUAGCGACAUGGUUGAGGCUGUAAAUUCCUAUGGUACUUUCUGGAUAUUCUCUGCAUUCUGCGCCGUUGGCAUUAUAUUUGUCUAUUUCUUAGUCCCAGAAACUAAAGGCAAGACGUUGGAUCAAAUCCAAAGAGAAUUAAAUAAUUGAGUCAGAGAGAGUUCCUAAAAUAUAAAUUGUAAAUAUAUA